AGGCGCUGGCGCGCGCCGCGGACAGGGAGGAGCGGGCGCGCCUCGACGCCGUAUCGCACCUGCGCAGGCCGCCCGCCGUGCCCGACGAGCUCUUCGGCGUCGCCCUCGAGAUGCACCGCGCUCUCGCCGCCUUUCCACUGCCGGGAGCAGAAGCGCGACGCCACGCGGCUCAUCGAGCUCGACGCGCUCCACGCGCUCUUCGACGACCUCAUCCAGCGCGCGUCGCAGUGCGUGCCAUCCAGCUCCACCUCCACCCGCGCCGCGCCGCGCAUCACUGCGUCCGCGGCAGCUGCGAGCGCGGCCUCGUCCUCCGCGUCGUCGUCGUCGGCGGUGGCUGCGGGCAGCAACGCCGACCGCUACUCUUCGACGGGCACUAAUGGGUUCAGUGCGGCGAGGACGGCAACGGGCACGGGGCGCGUCUCCAUGGAUGACAGCUACGUCAAGAAGGCCAAGGCCGCAGUAUGGGAUGACGGGGUUGUGGCAGCGAGCUCUCAUAUGCCACGAGGAGCUGUUGCAGCAAACUCGGUGGCAGCUCGAGGGGAUGGCGGUUACGGAGACAACGAUGAGAAAUUGACCCUCAUUAAGCUAGCUAGCAUGAUUGAAGUUGCUGCAAAGAAAGGCUCUCGUGAUCUCAACCUCCAAGGCAAACUCAUGAACCAGAUUGAAUGGCUGCCUGAUUCAAUUGGAAAGCUCACUGGGCUUGUUACCCUUGAUAUUUCGGAGAAUCGGAUCUUGGCUUUGCCAGAUGCUAUUGGGAGACUUUCUUCUUUGGCCAAGCUGGACCUUCAUUCCAAUCGAAUUGCUCAGCUCCCGGAGUCGAUUGGGGAUCUCUGCAAUUUGAUAUAUCUCGACCUGAGGGGUAAUCAGCUUGCAUCAUUGCCCUCUACUCUUGGCAGGCUGGUAAAGCUUGAGGAGCUUGAUGUGAGUGUGAACCAUCUUACCUCACUCCCUGAUUCAAUUGGGAGCCUUGCACGUCUGAAGAAGUUAAUCGUCGAGACAAACAACCUUGAUGAGCUGCCAUACACUAUUGGUCAGUGUGUUUCACUGGUAGAAUUGCGGGCAGGCUAUAAUCACCUCAAGGCCCUCCCAGAGGCUGUUGGAAAGCUAGAGUCUCUGGAGAUACUCUCUGUGCGGUACAACAGUAUCAGGGGGCUCCCAACAACAAUGGCAUCUCUCACAAAGCUGAAGGAGCUUGAUGCAAGUUUCAAUGAGCUCGAGUCUAUUCCUGAGAACUUCUGCUUUGUUACUUCUCUUGUUAAACUGAAUGUCGGGAACAAUUUCGCUGACCUGCAAUACUUGCCUCGUUCCAUUGGCAACCUUGAGAUGCUGGAAGAGUUGGAUAUAAGCAAUAAUCAGAUUAGGGUGUUUCCAGAUUCUUUUGGAAAUCUGCAGCGUCUCCGUGUUCUCCGCGCAGAAGAGAACCCUCUACAAGUGCCACCAAGAGAUGUAGCUUUAAAGGGAGCUCAGGCUGCUGUUCAAUACAUGACUGAACAUGUUGCCAAGAGAGCCACAAGGUCACAACCGACGAAGACAAAGAAGACUUGGGCUCAGUUCUGCUUUUUCUCCAGGCCUAACAAAAGAAAGCACGACCGGAUAGACACUGCAUCAUGAUUUAUUUGGAGAUUGGCGACAUAAACUGUUAUUUUCAUCCCUCACUUCUGCAGAAGUACAAAUGGGUGCAUCCUCUUCGAUUGCUACCAUUGUGAGUAUGGGUCAACAAGAUGUGAUGCCCAGAGCUUUCCCUUCAACAAUGCUGCAGCUGUCUUCUGUCAAACCAAAAUGGUCAGGUUUCAUAAACCUGCUCACUCUCCUUUCCGCCAGGCCAACUCAACUUCGAAUAACCCCCAGAAGAUCCCUACUUCAGCUAAAGAAUCCAGAAGUUGUGUAGUCACUCGGCCUUUUUUAUGGCCGAGUGCAGCUGAGUAAAGAGAACAAGGCUGCUGAAUUUCGUUAGCCUGCUGCGCAACUUGUCAAUAUGAAAAAUAUACAUGCAUCCACUGAAACUAAGACUUUGUUUUUUUAUAGAAUUUGCUUUUGGAGAGCAUUUUUCUUUCUUUCUUUCUUUGACAAUGUGUUCUUUUAAAGUUUCGAAGAUAGGACCAAGAUCCGCAAGAUACCAGAUGGUUGGAUUGAGAAUUAGUACAGUCAAAGUCUUACGGAUAUGCUGGUCUAACUUUAUUUCCUUUUUGUAAUCCUUACUGUUCAAUGCAUUCUGAACAGUUUUCUUGUAACUUAUUUAAGUGUACAAUCCUUCUGGAGAGAUUCAGAAAACACAACAUUUUGCAUGUCCUGUUUCGUUACUCCUAUUUGGUAGUAUGAUUCUUUCCUCUCUUGUAA